CCAACAUUGUCCUGCUGUAGGAUACCUCUGUAGGCUUCUCUGAUGUGUAUGAAGGUUCAGGCCCCACCAAAGCAACCACAAAUGUUGAUACUUUUUUCAUAGCCUUCAUUUUAUUUGCAUUUUAUAGCAGUAAUCCGGCCAUCUUGAAAAGACAGUGAGCUUUGCUGUUUUUAAUGGUACAGUAAACCACAUCUGUACACUUUGCCUGAAAUCCUCAGGAUCAGAUGGGCAGGGAGCUGGACUCCUGGGUGGGGCGGCCCCUGAGCUUUAAGCAGGACCACCAGCAGGAGACUCAGCACCUCCGCUCGGUCCUGUGGAGCCUGGCCACCAAGCACCUGUGCCGGGGGGAGUGGAAGAUCCUGGCCCAGCACUGGGACUUAAGCGAGGCUCAUAUACGGGCUGUAGAACAACAGUGGACAGGUAUGAAAAGCUUCAAAGAGCACGGCCACAGGAUGCUGUUAGUCUGGCUCCACGGCGUGGUGAUGGCGGGGGAGAACCCGGUCAAAGGUCUCUACGAGGGGCUGGUGGAGAUCUCACGGACAGACCUCGCAGAGUCCAUCCGGCAGAAGGCGAACGCAGAGAGCUGCUCCCUCAAACUGUGCUCUGCUAUGUGAGCCAUGCUGAGGGGCUGUGGGGGGGACAGAGCUCUGAGGAACUGUCAAUGCCCCAACUGAGCCCAUGAGUAGGUUUGUAUUGUCCAUGGCCUGUUUACAUUAUUCACAUACUCAAUAUACUUUGAUUGUUCAGAAUUUUAUAAAAAGAUGGUUUGAAGCCUGUGAAAUAUCUGUUUAUAAUGUAAAAUAAAAAUGUUCAAGGGCUUGAACGGUUACAACA